UGUAUCGGCAAUACAACACCUGCAAUGUUUUGUAUAUUCAUAUUCAUUUUUUAUAAUGAAUAAAGAGUUUUUUACUUAUAAGUAGUGAUUAGUGGCUCGUGUAUAGUGCUGUGAUAUUUGUAAUGGAUGCAGAGAACGAGAUCGAAAAAAAGAGAAUCCGUGAUGCAAUUCAGAUGAUAGAGACGAUUCAGUCGAUGAUCGACGUUUCAGCGGACAGGCUCGAGGGGUUGAGGACACAAUGCUCAACCAGCGCAGAGCUGACGCAGCAGGAAAUUCGGACCCUGGAGGGUAAACUUGUAAAGCAUUUUUCAAGGCAACUUGUCAUAAAAGCUCAGUUUGUCGAAGAAAUUCAGAGAGAACUAGGACAUGUCCCCAGCCUGAGGCAGUGGUUGCGUGUCGUGGGGCUCAGUAUUGAUGCUAUAGAGGCUGUAUUAUCCCGAGUGUCAUCACUGGAAACCCUGCGCGAACGAACGGAACAUGAGCUGCGUGCGAUGCUGUGCGGAGCAAGGGACGAGGAGGUGCGGCGACUGUGCAGAGCAAUGCAGAGGCUAAGGAGUUACACUGAGGCUUUAGCUCGUGGAGACGGAGCGGUAGAGCUGCCGCUUUACUGGGAUUCGUGGGAGCGACACGGACGCGGUUCGCCUCGUACGAGGGACGAACGUAAUUCAAACCAUAAAAAAGGUGGAAAAUCUCCAACAACACCAAUAAACAAACGUAAGCAGAAUGUCCACCUGCCCGCUCCUGCUGCGCUCACCAAAUCCCGGUCGCACGAGUCCCAGCUCUCUGUCAAGCCAGAUACCUCAGAUCUUAGCGACAACAGCCAGUCGUCCGCAGUUGGUACGGCAGAAGGUAGUCCGCCCGCCUCCCCGCGCGACCCCGACCCCGAUCCCCCGCACGGAUACUAUAAUACUAACGCCACGUCGUGCUCGCCGCGCACGCCGACGGUGAGCGGCUGCAUGGCGCACGAUAUCGCGCACCGCUUCACCAAGAACUUCAACAUGAUCGCCACCUGCGACUACUGUGACAAGCAGAUGCUCUUCGGAUCUGGGCUCAAGUGCAAGGAGUGCAAGUUCAAGUGUCACCGAGAUUGUGAAAGUAAAGUUCCUCCGUCGUGCGGCUUACCGCCCGAGUUCGUCACGGCGUUCAAAGAAAAAUUUCAUAAAGAUGUCAGAGGGGUGCAAAAAAAAAUCCCCGCGUCCCGCGGGUCGAGUAUAGUCGCUCUAAUGACGCGAGGUCGCGCGUGCGCAGGCGGCCUGUACCUGCCGGCGGCCGGCGCCGCGCGCGCCGCGCUGCUGCCGUCGCUCACGCCGCACCGCCGCCGCCCGCCGCCCGCGCCGCACCACGCCGCCGGGCCCGACUCCUCGUCCAACACGUCGUCGUGCAACAGCUCCACGCCGUCGUCGCCCGCGCUGGCCGCGCCCGCCACGCCGCAGCCGCACGCGCACGCCCCGCACAACGCGCACCACGCGCACCACCCGCACCACCAGCACCACCAGCAGCACCAGCACGCCGCCAAGCAGCUGUUCCACUUUCCCGAGGUAAAACCGCCAGUGUCCAGUCCGAACCACUCGUCGCAUGUGCAGUCGCCUGCGCGGUCUAUGGUCGAACACAAAGAAGAGCUGACUUCUAGCAUCAAAAGCGAGGGCUCGGGUCGCGUGUCGCUGAGCGGGUCGGGCUCCACUGACAGCGGGCGGCACGACGCCGCGCACGACGCGCGCUGGCCGCGCCAGAACAGCCUGACGAUGAAGGAGUGGGACAUCCCGUACGACGAGCUGAAGCUGUUCGAGAAGAUCGGCACGGGCCGGUUCGGCACCGUGUACCGCGGCAGCUGGCACGGCGCCGUGGCCGUCAAGCUGCUGCACGUCAACGCGCUCAGCGACCACUCCGUGCCGCUCGACACCUUCAAGCACGAGGUGGCAACGUUCCGUAAAACCCGUCAUGAGAAUUUAGUGUUGUUCAUGGGCGCCUGUAUGAAGCCGCCGCGACUGGCAAUCGUGACGUCACUCUGCAAGGGCAUGACGCUCUACACUCAUAUCCACCUGCGGAAGGACAAGUUCACCGCCAACAAGAGCGUCAUCGUAGCGCAGCAAAUCUCACAGGGUAUGGGGUAUCUCCAUGCUAGAGGCAUCAUUCACAAGGACCUGAAAACGAAGAAUAUAUUCCUCGAGAAUGGGAAAGUGGUCAUCACCGACUUUGGACUCUUCAGCGUUACUAAAUUAUGCUUUGGCAACAAACGCAGCGCGCGCGGCGACAGCCUGGGCAUCCCGCCGGGCUGGCUGUGCUACCUCGCGCCCGAGCUCGUGCGCGCGCUGCGCCCGCACGCCUCGCUGCACCUGCCCUUCUCCAAGACCACCGACGUCUACGCCUUCGGAACCGUAUGGUACGAGUUGCUGUGUGGAGAGUACCCGUUUAAGGGACAGCCGCCUGAGGCCAUCAUUUGGCAGGUCGGCAAAGGCGUGAAGCAAUCGCUAGCCAAUAUGCAAGCGUCCAGAGACAUUAAGGACAUUCUAAUGCUAUGCUGGUCAUACCGAUCUACCGAGCGGCCAGACUUUCCGCACUUACUGUCCACGCUCGAAAAGCUCCCCAGGAAGCGACUGGCGCGCUCUCCCUCGCACCCAGUACACCUGUCGCGCUCUGCGGACUCAGUGUUCUGAGAAAGGCUAGUCGGCGCACUGUGCGUGCGGCCUUAAAAGGAUCUGUUGCCACUAAAAUAGCGCCCUCUCGCUCACACAUGAUACAUCCGCCUCGUUCUUUUUUUGUUACGAGAUACCGAUGACAUAACGAGAGUUUACACUUACAAGAGAAGCCACACGAGAAGCGCUCUCCAAUACUCCGCCUCGACUAUUAUGCGGAGUUUUGUGAUUAUUGUUUUUACGAAAGCGUUUUCAAAAUAAUACCUCAUACAUAAAAUAUUAAAUUGUGCAUUAUACAAUUUCAUUAAAAGUCCUAAUUAUCGAUACUAUGAAUAUUACUACGAAAGUGAAUAAGGCCGAUAUUGUUAUCUCAUUCUAACAACAUACAACCGUCUCGUUCGAAUUUCAUAUAAAUAAGUCACUUUAAAUAAUAUGAUAACAUAAUAUAAUACAAAAUAUUUCUAACAGCAGCAACAUUUACAUUAACAAUUAACUUUAGAUCAGUUAUAGCUGAGUCGAGAUUUAAAAAACGGUUAAAAAUUUAAGAAAAGAUUUGUUUAAUUUAAGAAAACUUUAAAUUGAUGAAAUUUAAAAUUAUACUUUUUUUAUAACGAUCUUUUUAUUGUAUAUUAUUUAUUAUCUGUUCUUCUUUAUUUUAAAAAAAUAUAAAUACUCUGUUGUGAAUUAUAUCAGAUGAUCAAAAAAAUCUCGAUAGGCAGAAUGAAUCAUUAUUAAUUUGAUGUCGUGUUUAAUGCAAAUAAAAUUUCUAUUAGAUGAAAGUAAUUUUAACUUUAUAAUUAUCGCACCGAUUUAUAUAAAAACAACUGCCUUAUAUAGAUUAAAGCACACGUGUAAUUUGAUGAACUAGUUUUUUAAAUUCUUAUUAAUUACGGUUAUAUAUUGAGGGACUAUCAGUGUUGCCAUGAUUAUGGUGACUCAGGGUAACACUACUUGCAUUCGUAAUUAUACUCUGUCCAUUUGCUUUUGCCGUUAUUCGCUUUACAGGUGGAACUAGUGAAUGUGGCAACGUAACGUUUUUAUUAUCGAUGCGAUUAUUGAUACUAAUUGUUAUGUAGUGUCAACUAUCAAUUUUUGCUGUUGCUGUUGAACACAUUUUUUUUUGUUGGCGUUCUCUAUGCUUUGUGUUUAUAAUUACUAAAUACAAAACUACAAAUUUCCAGUUUUGUUAAUUAUAAUUCAAUUUUGGAGUUUUUUUUUAUAGCAAAUAAUAGUUUAAAAAUAAAGUAUCCACUUGUUUGUCGUAUGACGUUACAAUUAUAUAGAAGUGUAUGUUUAAAUAUGGUCUUAAUAAAUAUUAAGACUUGACAAGACGCAUGCCAUUUGUCCUAUUUAAAAAAAAUUGCAAUAUCGUAAAUGUAUACGAUAUUGUAAUAUAUAUAUGUAAGAAGUAACAAAUAAGAUUAAGCAGUUUUAAUUUUUUUUUAUUACGUUUUUCAUAGUUAACUUCUAUGUAAUCUGGAAUAAUAAUUUUACUUAUAAUAAACAAAUGGACAGAGUGUAAAAGUUAAUGAUUUUAUAAUUCCUAGUUAAAUUAGUGAAUGGGACUAAUUAAACGAUAAUAUUUUAAUUUUAUUUGCGGAUAAGCGACGUACUAACGCGGAUGUAUAUAUUUAUACUUUGUUAAAUACUAUGUAUUCGAUACAUAGUGAAAUAACUGAUGCGCUUUAAAACUACUAUAUAAUAUCGAGAUAAAACUACAUCUACACUUGGCAGCUUUACAGUCUAUUUCAUAACCAUAAAGUUUGUCAAUAUUAAAAAUUAAAGUAAUUCGAAAUUAACGAAUUAAUUGAAAAUAUUAUAAAUAUUCAAAACAUUAAAACCUCCGAUUUGAAGUAUCGUUAUUAAAAUUGCAAAGUGCAAAAGAUCGCAUGUUAAAAUUUAAUUCAAUUUUUAAACUGCUGAUGAUCGUAAUGUUUUUUUUUUAUAAUUGAAUUUAUAGCUUUAAAUAGAAAAAAAAUACUAUAUGAAUCGAUGUAUGUAAAAGUCAAUGACCUGACUAAUUAUGAACGCACAACCAAAACAAACGUAGAUACUUGAAAUUUAUAGGUUUCGUUUCAUUAUGUAGGGGUGCAUUAAACUGAGACAGGAUUUUGCAUUUUUUUAUUUAUUUAAGAGGGAUGUUUUAUCCUUCUAUUUUCAACUUUAUGCAAGCGGUUAUUCUUAUCACAUUAUGAAAAAUAAAUAUGGUGGUACGUUUUAAAGAUUAGACAAAUGUAUAUUAUUGCAUUGAAAACGUCCUAAUAUAUUUAUUUAAAUUUUCCGAUAAAACCGAUUGUAAAAGAUGAGAAAAAUAAAAUUAAAUGUCCUUCUGUAAAGUGCAUAUUUUUUUACAAUUUAACUUCUUGAACUAACAGCAGCAGUUUAUAUGUUUCAUACAAAAAAUAUUUAUAAUAACAAUUUAUUUGAAAUAAAUUCGAAACAGUUCCCAAUAAUCAAACGUAGACCAUUAGAUUAACAGCAUAAACAUAACUUUGUAUAUUAGUCAAUAAUAAUUUAUUUAUUAUUAUUAUUACAGUUAUCUACACUUUCGCAUACAAAUUAUAUUUGAAAAACAUAUUUUAUUUUUUGACACAGACAGAUUAGUACAUUUUAAAAGGCUCCGUUAACUAUGGCAUUAAAUAUUGCUUCUGGAUUUGUCUUAAAUAAUAAACAAAUAAAAAAAAAGAAAUUACUCGUGUCUAUAUCCUCAUUUAUUUUUCCGAAAUGUCAUAACAUAACAAAGCGCGUUUAAUAUUGUAUAUCUUAAAGCUCAAGUGUGAAGGUAGCCAUGAAGUAUUGAUCUCUUGAUUUAACGAUAGAUUAUAUUUUCGUAUUUAAACGUGAAAGUUGACGGUUUAUUAAAAAAAAAAGCUGUAAAUAUUGUAUAGUGUUACUGGUUUUGAUGUAGUAUCCGUGACUUGUAAAUAUUAGUCAUUUUUUUAAUUGUAUUCUAAUAAUAUUAAAACAAAAAAUACUUUUAUAAAGGUAUUCAGUCUUCACAGUUAAUUAUAUUUAUUUUACAGCGAAGUUGUAAUUAUGGCAUCAGUAUUGUAUGUAAUUAAAAUGUUAAGGUAUUUCUAAUAAAUAAUCAAUUAUUAAUAAAAAAAAUAAUCGUUUAUUGAGGUGACUUUCGAAUUGUAAUUUAGUUGGUCUCAUCUGUAAACGAUCACCGGUUGUUUUAUUAAAAUCUGAAUUUCUAAAAUCGUGAAUUUCGUUUGUUUAUUUAUAUAUAUAUAUAAAUUUUCGGAUGCGUUAAAUUCGUAAUACCGUAACAGCCUGUGAAUGUCCCACUGCUGGGCUAAAGGCCUCCGCACCUCUUUUUGAGGAGAAGGUUUGGAGCUUAUAUUAAAUUCAUAAUAAUAUAAUUUAUUCGAAAACUACCAAAAUUCCACGAAAGUUUGAAGUCUACAUAUCUCUAUUUGUUUAUACAUAUAACUAAUGUAUUUGUUCAUUAUACCAAUUACAUUGUAUAUUAUUUAAUUGAAAAACCACCAAUUAAUAAGACAGAUUAAAUAUGUAAUUUAAAAUGUUGUAAAAUUGUUAUAUUCCUUUUAAAAAAUUAAGCUACGAUAAUCGAAAUAGAUUUGUAUAAUUUGAUUUUAUCAUUUUUUAUUUUUUUUUGCUUUGAAAUGUUACAUUAUAAAUAAUGCCUUGAAAUACCAAAAUUGACUGACCGUUAUUACUUAAAUAUCUGUUGUAAUAUAUGUACAUAAUAGUAAUAAAAAAAUAUGUAAAUAAAAGAACAUUCCUUUGAGUAGUUCUUUCAAUGUUUCAAAAUAGUGACAUUUUCUUAGAUGUGUGGUCCUAUGACAGAGCUUGUUAUUUUUAAUGUUUGUUUAUGGUUUUAUAAAAUGUUGCUAUUUCUUAAUAAAUAGUUACAAAUUAAUGCUUAAAUUUAUUUAUAUUAUUUAAAGAGCUCUAAGGUAACUUAGGACUAUGGUAUCUGGUUGGUAUCACUGUGUUACCAUUUAUGUAAAUUUCUAAAGAGGCUUGUCGUUAGGUCCAUUAUAGACUGAUUUUUGACUGGAAAUCCAUAAAGGAUUUUAUGUGCCACUCAUGUAUAAUAAAAAUCGCAUUUUACUAACUUCAUCUUAUGUACAUAUUGAGACCAUACAUUUUUAGUUCUAUUUUAAAGUUAUUCUGUAAGAACAAUCUCAUAAUUCAAUAUUGGAUUUCAUGGUAAAAUAUCGAAAACCAGUAUAGUGUUUUUGUAAUCUUUGUUGUUUGUGAAUAAUUCUUUUCUUUUUGUUAUAAAACUCAACAUAGAAUUUGAUUUGACUCUUACUUGCUUGUUUUGUCCUCAAAUUGUCUUUUUAAAGUUUCAUUGAAAUGCUACGAUUAUUUUAACAGUUUCCAAUAAAAUUAACUAUUUUGACAUGAAAUUGUGUAAAUUAAUAAUAUUAAACAGCCUUUUCAGCUCACUUUGUUAUUUUUAUUGUUUAUAUAAUUUUAUUGCAUAUAAUAGACGAAAUUUAUUCUGGUCAGUAAACUCCUAUUAAUUCUAAAGUUAGUUAUAAAUGAGGUUCUGUAGUUACUGCCACAGUAUUUUGUAUAUAGUGCGAAUGUGGUGUGGCUUGAUCAAUUGUAUCUUAUUAAUGUUUAUUUGGACGUGAAUUACGGUGCAACUCUUUUGAUUGGCUUACAAAAUUAAAAAGUAAAUUAGGUAGUUCUUUUAAUUGUGUGUUUUAAGACUUGAUAUUUUCUGAAGCAUUCAUAUUUUUUUGUAAUAAUAAUAAUUUUUAUUUUAAAAUUUAGUAUGAAUUACUUGAAGGAAGACAUAAUUAUUGUAAUUAGUUAUCUGAAGCCAAUAUAAAAAGUUGUACCAUUGUACAGAUGGAUUUGGAUAACAGUUGUAGUUAAAUAUGUAUCGAGAUUUCUAUUAAUUAGAUUAGUUGCCUUUGCCAAAAUAAAUCUUCAUCACUGUU